AUGACCUCCUGGACCCUGCUGCUCCUGACCUUGGCGCUCCUGGGCUCCCCAGGUCGGGCCUUUUCUAGUCUGACCUUUGGACGCUCCAACGGGGCAAUGGCCCACCUGAGUGACACAGAGCAGCUCUUCCAGGUCCUGGCCGAGGAGGGCCUCCAGGGUAACCUGCUGACCACAAGAGAGGGGCAGGGCAUCAGAUGUCGGGUUUGCGAGAAGAUGAUCCAGCAGCUGAAGAGCAUGGUGGGAGAUCAACCUGACGAGGACAUCAUCAACAAAACUGCAUCCCGGGUGUGCAGCAAGAUGAGAUCCUUCAUGAGAGGCAUCUGCAAGAAGGCCAUGAGGAUGUCUCUUAAACGCAUCUCCAAGGACAUCAUGGAUGGCAAAACCCCCCAUGAAGUCUGUGUGGACAUUCGCAUGUGCAAAACUUAAGCAGGUCUCCUGUGAGCCUCUGGGGCCUCUGGCUCCACCCUGGGGAGAAAGCACAAGAACUCCAACUCGUGGCCCCUGCUUCCUUCCUUCCUAAAUCCAGAGUCUUACUCAUUCCUGUGGCUCCGCUGGUGCAGGACUAAGUGCCACAUGUCACCGGUGUUCUCCAUCGGGAAGCUGUGGGUGAAUCAUUCCUGCAACUAA